GAAAUCGACUCAAUGAGACCCUGAAGGACAUCUGAAAGGUUGGACACAAUAGGGGACUGAAGGGAAUAAUUUUCUGUGCAUUAUGUAUUAGUGCUACUCUUUUAUACAGUCUGAUAACCCCUAGAGCAGUUUGGUGGGCCGAAAAAGUUUCGCCUCUGCGGAGGAAAAAAAAAAUUGCUUCGAGACUUCUUCCCUCCCUUCCACCGCAACCUCAAAACCAGCAACUCUUCCACCAAACCCUCCACUCCUCCCCCCCCCCUCUGCCCCUCAAGUGUCCUGUUCUCUCUUCUCAUUUCCCCUCGAUAUCUUCAUCAUUCUUGUUUGAAUCACCUGCAAUUGAAAAUGUUUGCUGCCCCACCAUGGUCACCCCACUUCCCCAUCAUUAUGAGCGGGUAUUGAUGAAAAUUUGUUGAUAGGUUUUCUAUCAGCCGUGCUGCUUUCCGCUCUUCGCGCCAGUCUGCCAUUGCUCGUCCAUUGGCUACCGCAUUCUCCCCGAGCACGUUUUCUAACUCCAAGUCACGCCCGUCCAACCUGUCCGAACUCCGCUCGUUCGAGUCUCUUCUCCAGCGCUAUAAUUCCAACUAUGGCUCUGGAUAUGAAGGGGGGGGGCAAGGGGGAGAAUACGGCAAUCAGGGGGGUUACGGUAAUCAAGGAGGAGGGUAUGGUGGUAAUCAAGGAUUCGCUCCUAGGAACAAUAAUCGCGGUUUUAAUAACGCUGGCCGAAUGGGUUUUGGGGACCGGAGGUUGGCCCCCACUAAAGUCAUCUAUAUUGGAAAUCUUCAAUUCGAUGUCAAGGAAGAUGAUCUCCAUGAGGAAUUCAAGGCUUUUGGCCCGGUUCUGAGUACUAGGAUUAUCAUCGAUGCUAGGGGCCUGAGCAAAGGGUUUGUUUUCUUCUUGAGCCCCUAAAUUUUGCGGAGAUAGCAAAUUCGUUGCCAUUAAUUGAUCCAUUAAUACAAAGACACUGACAACGUUUUUCACUUAGUUUUGGAUACGUUGAAUUCGGGACCGUUGAACAAGCUACGGCUGCCAUUGAAGCUUCUCACAACGCCGUCUUUAGGGGACGCAGAAUGAACGUCCAAUAUGUUCAUCGCCCUAACACCGGUGCUACCGGUUCUGGAGAGCCGUCCAAGACGUUGUUCAUUGGGAACUUGAGCUUCGAUAUGACUGAUGCCGACUUUGACAAACUUUUCACUGGGAUUGAUGGUUGUGCUGAUGUCCGAAUUGCCAUGGAUCGGUAUGUUCUCGGGCCUCUUUUCUUGUUCAUACUUUCUUCGCAGUGCUUACAAGUUAGCUAGUGCUACCGGACAACCCCGUGGCUUCGCUCAUGCUGACUUUGUCGACAUUGAUUCCGCGAUCAAGGCCAAGGAUAAGUUGGCUGGUGUUGAGGUGUUUGGUCGCCGCCUCCGCAUCGACUUCUCAGACCAGAGGGGCAAUGGCCGUAGGAGUGGCGGUCCUGAGGAUUUCAUGGGGUCUUCUUCAGUUCCUACGCAGGAGACCCUCGUGGAAAAUUCGGACACCUCGGAGGGAGAUGUGUCUAAGCCUGACGGCUCCUAUUAA